AUGCUGAGCUACGAGUGGGACGAAGGUGAGCCGCUGUCGGCUCGUGGCGACGAUUCCACCGGUCUGCUCACCGAAAGAAGGAACCACACUCUGCUCAGGCCAAUCUAUAUCAAUGCAGUAGAAGUCGGCUAUGCCAACUACAGAUACACGCAGUGCGACAAGGACAAACGACUGAAUGUUCGUGGAGUUACAAUCGCUCUGUGGUACUUCAUUUCAAGGGGGCACCAGGUGAGCAGAUUUACUGACUCAAUCGAAUCACAGAAUGGAUGA